CACUAAUGUCAGUUGUUUUUCAAACUCAAAAUUCAAACCAUUUCAACUUUUUUAAAUUCAAACGAUAAUGGAGAAUAUAGAAGAGGAAAUUCUAAGAUUACACCAUACUUUAUUAAAGGAUGUAAAUAUUCCAUACAAACAAGCCGAUUGCCAUAGAAAAAGUAUUGCUCACUUUGUAAAAGCAUCUUUCAAAAACUUGAACAAUGAAAAUACAUCAGCUCUAUUAGAUAACAAACUUCAAACAUAUUCCAACAUUGCACACAAUACUCAAGAAAGUAUUUAUGAAGAUAAAUUAAAAUCACUUCUUUCUCAGACGAAAAACGUUACUGGAAAUAAUUUUAAAUCAAAUUUAAAUACUAUAAACGCGAAACAAUAUAUAAAACCAUUACCUUGCACUAGUAGUAAAACUUUUUGCAUGCAGUCUGAAAAUAUUGGUGAAGAAGAAUUUGAUGAAUUACAGGAUAUUUUUAAAGAUUUAAAAAGGUCAACUGCAACUAAAGCGCCCAAAAUACACUCUACAAAAAUUAAUUCCAAGCAACCAGAAAGUAGUUUGUCAAAUUCUAACACAACUUCCAUGAAAAGAACUCAAAAAGAAAAUUCUGGUGCAGGUAUGUUUAAUAAUUGUUUUAAAACUGCCAGAGAAGAAUUGGAGGUUCAAAGUUUAAAGAAUAAAUAUGGAAAUGUACAACAAAGCUCUGGGGAUUCUGCUGUUCUCCAGAAAAGGGGACCAAGUAAACUUGGAACUAGAAGGAAUGUAGGUGGAAAGUUUAUUCCACCAAUAAAAUCAUAUAGUGGAAGCAAUGAAGAUAUUAAAAGUGAUGAUAAAGUUGACGAACGGUUGAAAAACAUAGAACCAAAAAUGGUAGAACUUAUUAAAUCAGAAAUAAUGGAUUGCAGUACCAGUUUGCAUUGGAAUGAUAUAGUUGGGUUGGCAUUCGCAAAAACGGCCAUUCAGGAAGCCGUCGUUUGGCCCAUGCUUAGACCAGAUAUCUUUACAGGUUUAAGAAAACCUCCUAAAGGGAUACUCCUGUUUGGACCACCAGGGACUGGGAAGACUUUAAUUGGAAAAUGCGUAGCUUCCCAAAGCAAGUCAACAUUUUUUAGCAUUAGUGCUUCAUCUCUAACUUCAAAAUGGAUAGGGGAUGGUGAAAAGAUGGUUAGAGCCUUGUUUGCAGUAGCUCGAGUUCAUCAACCUGCUGUGAUAUUUAUUGAUGAAGUAGAUUCCCUAUUGUCCCAAAGAUCAGAUACAGAACAUGAAAGUUCCCGCAGAAUUAAAACAGAGUUUCUUGUCCAAUUAGAUGGAGCCACCACUGAUUCUGAAGAAAGGUUACUAGUCAUUGGCGCAACUAACAGACCACAGGAAUUGGAUGAAGCGGCUCGAAGACGAUUCGUUAAGAGGCUCUAUAUACCCUUGCCGGAAUACGAGGCUAGACUUCAACUAGUUCAAAAACUCAUUUGCAAUGAAAAUCACCAACUCGUAGAUGAAGACUUCGAAAAAAUAGCUUCUUCGUCGGCCGGUUUUUCUGGGGCCGAUAUAAAAACUUUGUGUUCGGAAGCGUCUCUGGGUCCGAUACGGUCUAUCGAUUUUAAUCUCAUAGAACACAUUCAAGCCAGCGACGUUAGGCCACUACUAAUGGAAGAUUUUGAAAAAGCCUUAACUAGAGUGAAGUCUAGUGUUGCCCCAAAGGAUUUAGAGCAGUAUAUAUCUUGGGAUGAAAUUUAUGGCUCAGGAUUUUAAUAUUUAGAUUUUAGUAUUUGUACUAUUUUGUAUCCGUUUUAGUUCAAGCGUUUAUUUAUUGAUACUUCUGUUGAAAAUUUGAUUAAGAAAAAUAAUGUAUAAGAGUUCAAGGCUGAGGUAGAUUAAAAACGGUUUUUAUAAAAACAUUUUCAACUAAGAGAAAUUUUUGUUAUUUCUGGUUUAACCCACCGGAAACUCACAAAUGGAGAACACUAUUAACAAUACCAUUUAUAUUUUAUUUAUGUUAAAAAUAAUACAUCAUAAUUACAUAAUAUACAGAAAAAUGUAUAAAAUAUUCUUAAAAUUGGAUAAUCUACAAUUAAUCCCAGUCUUCCUCUUCCCACCCUGUAUGGUUCUCAUCAUCAGUUGCAUUUACAGCAAGUUUAUUACAAAGUUCUGUUUCUAAAGAAACCUCGUUCUUGCUAUCAUCUAUAAUAAAUUUGUUCGACUUUUGUAUUACUGGCUCCAUAUCUUGGAAAAAAUUGAAGUCGCCCUCUUCCUCGGCUGCCAUUUGAUUUUUUAUAUCUAAUUCCAGAAUAUCUGGAAUUUUUAAUUUGGAUUUAUUGGUAACAUUUACUUCGGAAUCUAGAAUAACACUUGGUUCAGUAUCUAGAAUGGACAUUUCUUCAUUCAAAAUUGUUUCAUGAACAGUAUUAUUAUUCUGAAGAGAUUCGUUUAUAUCCCAAUCUUCCCAAUUAUCCACAUCUUCAUCUACGGACGGUUCUACUUCUUCAGUAGACGUUUCACCUUCUUCGCCAUCGGGUCUCGGUCGUUCUGGUAAAUCGUUUAUAUUAUUCAGUUCUGUUGCUAAACUAUUUAUACUUAUUUGGUCGGUUUCUUGUACGGCUCGAGAAGAUGCGAUAGACGUUCUUAUGCUUCUGGUGGACCUCCGGACUGUGUUCGUUGGUCGGCCGUCGUUAAAAAGUUUUGCCCUUUUACCGCCUACCACUAUUGUCGAACCCAAAAUUGGCACUAAGUUCGCUAAGGUUUUUAGAGUCAUUGAUACUAGAUGGUCGUUAGUGUCUUUGAUUCCCACUAAAAGCUAAAAAUAAACGCGAG